AUUUGCAGUGGCACACAAGCUUGUGAGGGCAGAGACAAUAAGGAGAGAGAGAGAUGGGGGGUUGGGCUAUCGCAGUGCAUGGCGGCGCUGGUGUCGACCCUAAUCUCCCUCCCCAGCGUCAGGAGCAAGCCAAGCAACUCCUUACUCGCUGUCUCCAUCUCGGCAUCUCUGCUCUUCGUUCCAAUCUUCCCGCCAUCGAUGUCGUCGAACUUGUCGUGAGGGAACUGGAAACAGAUCCCCUGUUCAACUCUGGUCGUGGAUCUGCUCUGACAGAAAAGGGAACGGUGGAAAUGGAGGCGAGUAUCAUGGAUGGCCCUAAAAGAAGAUGCGGCGCGGUAUCGGGCGUCACCACCGUGAAAAACCCGAUUUCGUUGGCCCGGCUUGUCAUGGACAAGUCCCCCCAUUCGUACCUCGCUUUCAACGGCGCGGAAGAAUUCGCAAGGCAACAGGGCGUGGAGGUGGUGGAAAACGAAUACUUCAUCACCCCGGAGAAUGUGGGCAUGCUGAAGCUGGCAAAGGAAGCCAACGCUAUUUUGUUUGACUACAGGAUUCCAACGACGGGAUACGAGACGUGCGGCGCGGGAGUGGAGAGUCCGCUGCAAAUGAACGGGCUGCCAAUAAGCGUAUACGCACCGGAGACGGUGGGGUGCGUGGUGGUGGACGGGCAGGGAAGGUGUGCGGCAGGCACGUCGACCGGGGGUCUGAUGAACAAGAUGAGUGGCAGGAUAGGUGACUCACCCCUGAUAGGUGCGGGGACGUACGCGUGUGACUUGUGUGGGGUAUCGUGCACAGGGGAGGGAGAAGCGAUCAUACGCGGGACGCUGGCGCGUGAGGUGGGGGCGGUGAUGGAGUACAAAGGGCUGGGCCUGCAGGAGGCGGUGGACAUGGUGAUCAAGGAGAGGCUGGACGAGGGCAAGGCUGGCCUGAUCGCCGUGUCCAACACCGGAGAGGUGGCUUAUGGGUUUAACUGUAACGGCAUGUUUCGGGGGUGCGCCACCGAGGAUGGCUUCAUGGAGGUCGGAAUCUGGGAAUGAACUUUUUUUAGUGUUUGGUUAUUUCUAUGAGGCUCCUAGAAUCUGGUUCUUGUGAUUCUGAAUAUGUAACCAACUGUCAAAUAAAUUUCACUACUAGAUUCAUCUUCCCUUGUUC